AUCUCAUCAAAUGCGCACAAGAGUCCAUGGACCCGUCACCCGAGUUUUUCAUUUACCCCCAUCAAAAUACAUUUUAUCACUCAACACUGUCAGAUUAACUCCAAUAAACCACCGUCUGCACGGCUGACAUGAUAUGAAGACAGUCAUCAGCCGGACCUUUUUGCUGUGAGCAAACAAUGAGAGAGAGCCCAAGGAGACCCAUCAUCCUGAAGAGGAGGAAGCUGCCAUUUCAGAAGAGUGAAUCUGAUGCAGGGUGCGAUGAGGCCGAUGGGCCGCGCUGCAAGGCCACCCUGACCCCGUCCACCACCCGCUGCUUCCCCGAUGGCAUCCGCAUGAUGGACCACCCCACCAUGCCGGACACUCAGGUGGUGGUGAUCCCGAAAGCAGCCGAUCUGCAGAGCGUCAUCAGCGCCCUGACGGCCAAAGGCAAGGAGUGUGGCCCUCAGGGCCGAAACAAGUUCAUCCUGCUCAGUGGCAGCACCAGUUUGGAGGAGAGCAAAACCCUCGGGUGUCUAUCUACAGAACCCAAGGGUGAUCUCAAGAAAGUGAAAAAGGAGACGGAGUGCUUCCCGCUUGAUGACAGUCUGACCAACAUCCAGUGGCUGGGAAAAAUGAGCUCUGAUGGGCUCGGAUCGGAGUCAAACCAAAAAUGCACCAGCAAGGACAAUCCAAGUGACUGUCAUCAGCAGCCCAAAGCUCCAGAAAAGGAGAAGGACCCUCUGUCAGAGAGACCCCCGUAUUCCUACAUGGCUAUGAUCCAGUUUGCUAUCAACAGCAAGAAGAACCGACACAUGACCCUGAAGGAAAUUUACAACUGGAUCGAGGACCAUUUUCCGUAUUUCAGAAAUGUUGCCAAACCCGGAUGGAAGAAUUCCAUACGUCAUAACCUCUCACUACAUGACAUGUUUGUCCGGGAGACAUCUCCCGAUGGCAAGAUCUCCUAUUGGACGAUUCGACCGGAAGCAAACCGCUGUCUUACUUUGGACCAAGUUUACAAGCCUUUGGUUGACCCAGUGACCCCCACUUGCCCUCAGAUCCCACAAGUUGGUUUCAAUAAACAACAGAAGAGAGGUCCUCCGGAGCUGAAGAAAGCCAUACCUGCCACGGGCGGCACGGAGAGGAAGAUGAAGCCGCUUCUGCCUCGGACUGACUCGUACCUGGUUCCCAUCCAGCUUCCUCUGGGUCAGUCGCUCUUCCUGCCCUCCUCCAGUCCUGCAACUCUCGCCACUCCUCCACAUGCUCCGAGCUCCUCCACUCCCAGCUCCAGCGGUGCGAGCAAGAGGGUCCGGAUUGCCCCCAAGGUCUCACAGAGCGACGUGAGCUCGGUGAUGCUGUGUGCGUCCACCUUUGAUCUCGGCAUGGCAAACAUCAGCUGGUCCCAAUUUAUCCCGGAGCUGAAGUGACUCCCAUUCCUUUAUCCGAGCUGCUCACACUUCCUUCACUGCCUUUGAUUCUUAUUUACUUGCUAUUCAUCUCUUAAGUAUUUUCUUCAUUUCUAUUGCUAUUUCACUGCCUUUUACUGUACAUGUUUGUGUUUUGGAUGUGUAGGCCUUUAUUUGCGAGCAAAACUGUUAGUGACGAAUGUACUUAGAUAAGAUUAAUUUGCACAAGUUGUAAUAUAUAAAUAUGAGUGUGUGUGUGAGAGCGAGAGAGUGUGUAUUAUAAGUGAACAUACAGAUUUACCAGAUUAAUUAAAUUACACUACCCAAUUUUACAGUAUUUCUUUGUUUUGGAAUGAUUUUGAACACCUUGGAUUAGCCAGAGGGACUGACGCUAAAAAUAUUUUUAAGAGAACUUGGGGUGUAACAUAAACUCGCAUUCAAA